AUUAUCAUUAUUUAAUCAUUAUUUCAUCAUACCUAAUACAUUACAUUGUUUGUGUGUGUGUGUGUAUUUGAACGAAUUUCCGAAUGUUGAAUAAUUAUCUAUUGACAACAACAACAUCACCAGAAAUAAUAUUUCCAUCAUCAUCAUCAUCAUCGAUAACAACAAUGACGAUGAAUACUGCAGCAAUGUUGAACAAAUCGAUAACAAUGAAUCAUCACCAUCAUGAUCAUGUUAAACGGCCAAUGAAUGCAUUUAUGGUAUGGUCACGUGGACAGCGACGUAAAAUGGCACAGGAACAUCCAAAAAUGCACAAUUCAGAAAUAAGUAAACGUCUUGGUGCCGAUUGGAAACAAUUGUCUGAAAUGGAAAAAAGGCCAUUCAUUGAUGAAGCGAAACGUCUACGAGCAUUACAUAUGAAAGAACAUCCUGAUUAUAAAUAUAGACCAAGACGUAAACCUAAACCAUCAUCAUCAUCAACAUCAUCAUCAACAUCAUCGUCAUCAUCAUCAUCAUCAGUAUCAAAUAUAUCAUCGACAGCAUCACCGUCGGCAAACAAUACAUUAUUGAAUAAUCAUCAUCAUCAUCAUCAUAAUUUGAAAAAAGAUUACAUAACAUCACCAAUAUCAAUGUCUAAUUCAUAUACAACACAACAAUCAAAUAAUAAUUCACCAUAUAAUAUAUCUGCUGCAGCGGCUGCUGCUGCUGCAUUUGUUGAUCCAUUACGUGGUUUAUCAACAAAUACAAUAUUUACAAAUGGUCAUUAUAAUAAUCAUCAUCAACAUCAUGGACAUCAUCAUGGUCAACAGCAACAACAACAACAACAAAAUCAUCAUUUACAACAGAAUAAUUUUCUAAACAAUCUCAAUAAUGAACAACAACAACAACAAAGUAAUGAAUCAGAAAAAGCGGUGACAGCAAGAUCAUUUCCGGCUACAUUGGUACCACCGCCACCACCACCACCACCAACAACAACACAAAUGUAUACAUCGAUGAAUCAAAUGGCAAUGGCAGCAGCAGCAGCCGCUGCUGCAGCUGCUGCCGCUUCUUCAGCAUCAAAUAAAUUACCAUUAAGUCCAGUAGGAAUAAAAAAUCAACAAUCAAUAAUCAAUAAUAACAAUAAUAACCAUCAUCAUCAUCAGCACACACAGAAUCAUCACCAGAACAAUGAUAUAUUCAAUAAUUUUUUCAAUAAUCAUCCUGGAUCAUUUUACAAUACAACCAGUUCAUUAUUAUCAACAUUAUCAAAUGUGGCAGCACAAAAUCCAAACAAUCCAUAUAAUCAAAUUGGUACGAAUUAUGGUCUGACCGCAACAACAACACCGCCAACAACAGUAACAACAAAUGGAACAAUGAAUCCAUCGAAUCCAUUGACAUCAUUCAAUGAUUUUCGUAAUAAUCCAUUUGCCGCUGCAUAUCUUAUGAUGAAACCAGAAGAACGUUUAUCGUCAUUGGCUAAAUUAUCACCACCACAAUUAGUUUAAAAUAAUCACAUACACACACACACACCAUAUAUAUCUAAUAUUAAUCCAACCGACACAAUUAUCAAAU